AUGGCUUCCAAACUACAAGAUCACAUCGAUGCCCUGCACACCCUCCCUCUGGCCGAGGCCAUUCAAGCAAUCGUCGACCUGACACCGGGCCUCACAAGCGUCGUCCCUCGGGAAUACGGCUACUUCGUCCAACACCCCGACUACGACGGAAUCGGCAAUCUGAACAACAUCGGCAGCCUCUGGCUGAAGCUCGGAUCGCGAUGUUACGAUGAACAUGCCUCCCUCGAAGUGCGUCUCGCCCACACUUCCCUAGACGACCCGAUCUACCAAGUUUACGGCACCAGCUACGAGAUGUUGAAGAAGGGACUCGCUGAUGGGACUGUGGCACCACCCGCCCCCAAUGAGAAUCAUUACUGUGCUUGCUGUAGCGGUGAGCCCAGCGCCAUCAUCUUGGCUUCUUUCCAUGAGCGGCAGGCGUUGUAUUUUACCAAGGACGAAUACAGGGCGCUCUGGGGGGAUGAACCGAAUUCGGGGGAGAGGUUUGGUAAUGGAAAUGGUUGGGUGAAGGGUUGUAUCAAUGCGAGCAAGGAGCAGCUUGAGGAGGCUCUAGCCAGGCAGCCGGCUGUUGGCAUCCCAAGUAUGCUUUAG